AUCGAGCCUUUUACUGGGUUUAACAAGAGAAAUGACAUAAACCCUUUUCAUGGCUGCUUCUGCAACCUAAAAAUGGCUUCUUCAAUCUCUCUUCUUCUCAUCAAACGCAUCUCUCACUUCCACAUAAACCCUAAAAGCCGCCGACUUUUCCAACCAUUUCUCACAAAAUCACUCUCUACUUCUCCACAAAGCAACACUGAUUCAACCCUUGAACCUAACCACAAACCUUCUUCUCUCUCUUCUCGUCUUAGCUUCGUUUUCGAUCAAAUUGAUGCUAUUGAGAAACGUCACUCUGAGAAAGACGAAACCCUUGAGCGUAUUCGUGCUUGGCGUCAAUCUAAACAAACCCAUCAGUCAAAAAUACCAUCUUCUGCUCCACAACAACAAGAUCCGGAUCCUAAAGAAGUUGAAUCCGUAGUGUCUAAUGAGGAAUUGGAUUCUUGUGUUGUGGUCGAGUCGAGUCAGAUUGAUUCUGGUGAGUUGAGUAAGGAGAAGGGUGUGGUUGAGUUGGUGCAUCCAUGGCCGGAGUGGAUGGAGUUGAUGGAGAGAUUGUUGAAGCAGAAUUACUUUGAUCAUAGGAGAGAAAGAGAUGAUGAUGAGAUGGUGAAUAGUUUGGGGAUUGAUGUGUCUAAUGUUGGAUUAGGUGAAGAAGAGAAUCUUGGAGUUGCUUUGUUUCAGGAUUUUAGAGCUGUUCAAAAUGCUUGUAUCAAUUUCGGAAAAGACCGGUUCGAUAUUCUAAGGUCAUUGUCGAGAAAUGACAUUCAAAUCCUAGUGGGUCAUGGAUGCCCUGCAACUGAUAGAAAGGUGGUCUUCUCUGGAAAACUACUGAGGAAGCGUGUCCAUCUCGAUGAAGGAGAUGUCUGCAGUUCCUGCAGCUUGAGGAACUCAUGCGAAAAGGCGUUUUUGCUGACAAACAAAGAGGAUGAGGCUCGAACCAUUGACCUGAUGCGCAUUUUGUUCACCUAUGGUUUUGACCCAUUGAAUGAUACAGUGGCCAACAAAAAUCUCCUGAAGAAAAAGUCUGUUAAGACUGUGGUGCGUAAACUGCUGCAUGAGAUUGUCAAAUUAAGCGCUGUACCAAUAGAUCCUAAUCUUACUCCACCAGUUAUCAAGAGAGCGCCCCCUAAAGUCAAGCAGCCACCGCCACCUCCUAAACGACGUGUUGGCCGUGAUGACGUUGAGAUGAAGAAAGGAGAUUGGCUGUGCCCAAAGUGCGAUUUCAUGAACUUCGCAAAGAACACGAUUUGCUUACAGUGUGAUGCAAAGAGGCCAAAGAGACAGCUCCUUCCAGGAGAAUGGGAAUGCCCUGAAUGCAACUUCUUAAACUAUAGGAGAAACAUGGCAUGUUUUCAUUGUGAUUGCAAGCGUCCAGCGGAUGCUAUCCUAGAGAACAAAACACAAGAUACCCAUCGCUUCACUGAAGCACAAACAGACAGGGUUGUGAAGCGGGAUGAUGUUUCCAAUGCAUGGAACUUUGAUUUUGAUGACGAUGAAUCAGAUGGAGCAGAAGUUGCUGCGUUUGAAUAUGCGGAUUCCAGUAAAAAGAAUGAAAACCUUCUCCGGGAGGGUUUGAGAGAUCCUGAAGAAGAAUUUGGUAAUCUUCCUCCAGGAGCCCGAGAAAGUUCUGAGUUUGGCAGAAGCAGAAGACCUGGAGUUGGGUUUGAUGAUUUUGACGAUGAGGAUGACAUUGAUAGCUAUGAAAUAGACGAAUCUGGAGAGAGAGAGGUCCCAGUGGAAGGAGCCCGAUCUUCUUUUGCUUCUGACGAGUUCUCAGAGGAUGAAAAGUUUCCGGAAUCAAAGGCUGGUUUUAAUGCACACAGAGGAGGAAGUUCAAACCUUCACAACAGUAGGAAGAAGCAUGGAAACAGUAAGGGAGGUUUCUCUAGGGAUGAUGAGCUCAGUUUCAGUUCAGAUGAUGAGGUUUCUGCCAAUCCCAGAUGGAAAUCAAGCCAUGUUGCUUCUACCCAGAGAGGUCCACCUUCGAGAAAACUUACUUUUGGGUCGGACGAAGAAUUUGGGCUCGAUUCUGAUCUGGAGGACGAUAGUCCAAGGUCCAGUUUGAGGCGUGGAGAAAGAAACAACGGUGCUAGAGGGUUCAAGGGAAAACGAAGCUCCUACUCAGCUUCAGAAUCUGAUGAUGACAUGGAUGAUCAAAAGUACAGAGGGUCAAGUUUCUCAGGUAAUAGAUCGAGAGGAAGCAGAGGAAGAAUGAGAGGCGGGGGACGGGGUGGUUUCAAUGAUAAUUUUGCCUCUGAUAGCUACAGGGGAUCAAGUGGCUCCUCGGCUAAUAGAUCAAGAGGGAGAGGAGGAAGAACAGGAAGCAGAAGGAGUAGUUUUGAUAGUGACGAUGAAGAUUACAGAGGGUCAAGUUCCUCAGCCAGUAGAUCAAGAGGGAACAGAGAAGAUAGUGGCGGGUUUGGGGGAAGAAUGGGAAGCAGAAGAGGCGGUUUUGAUGAGUUUGAUAGAAAGAGCAGCCGAGGACGCGGCUCAGGUAGUUUCAGGGGAUCAAACAGAGGAGGAAGAGGAGGAGGAAACCGGCAUGGGCAUAGUGAUGGUAAAGACACAGACGUUGGAGAUUUCAGAAACAGUCGAAGAGUUAUCGAGAGAUAGAGAUGUAAACUGAUAUCAUCAGAUAUUAUUUUAUACUUUUAUUUGUGAGAGAUCCAUUGUUGAAUAGAAUGUUAUAUCCAGUAUCCAAUUGGCUAUAGUGCAUUAGUUCACUCAUAAUAUCAUUUUCUGUUAUUACUU